CGCUGAGUUGUGGAUGAGAUUGUUAGAAAUACAGUGAGAGAGUGCGAGAGAGAGAGAGAGAGAGAGAGUGUGAGAAAGAGAGAGAGUGUGAAAGAGAGAGAGCGAUAGAGCCUACGAAUUGGACCGAGAUCGACGGAGUGAGACUAGGAAUUGUAGUGGUCGUGCCUAGCGCUUUGUUGACAUGCCUGUCAUGCGGACGAGUAAAGCUGCCCGAAUGUGUUUGGUGCUUGCCGUGUGGAGGCGCAUUACGGGCUCUGCUUCUGAGUAAGAUCCCGAGGGUAGUGGUGUAUUUAAGUUCGGGUCUUCGAGAGGUAUUUAGUUGAAGAGUCUGCAGGAGAGAGCGUCAGGAGAGUGAUAUAUGGCCAACAGCUGGAUAUAUGAGGGGCGAAGACUGAGGAUGUGAGGAACUUACAAUAGUUGCCCUAAAAGAAUGGUAUUCAGCAGGGGAUGCAAAUUACACUCCUGCAGCGUAGAGUUUGGUGUUGCACAUCGGAGCAAGCUGAUGUUACUAGCUCUACCACUUUCUGGGUUGCCAUUUUUCUACUUUCUGUCAUUCUUUAUCUGCACCAGGGUAUAGAAGGCGAGGGAGAAGAAUACGAAGUCCGAGUUUGAGUUAGUCGGGGACAAUGCCUGGGACCAUUCGUGUUUCAGUUUUGGAGGCAGUGGAGCUUCCCAAAGGUCUUACAGAUGGGGAGAUUGGCGAUAAUAUAACUGCUAAAGUCACUCUGGGGCCAACGUUGUGUAAGACGCCGCCCCUAAAAAUUGCAGGAGGCGAAAUUCAGCCAUGGAAUUCAGACUUCGCCUUCCCUGUGAUGAAUUUGCGAGACAAGCUGGGGAUUUCCAUUUGCGACGGUGAAGAUCGAUCUGUAUCACAAACUGCUAUUGAAAUCCCCUCUAUUAUUCAGAAAGGCUCUCGAGAUGAAUUUGUAGAGCUCGGAGAGGGAGGACGAAUUCACCUGAGGAUGAGCUUCACGCUUUCUGAUGACGAGCGGAAGAAAAUUGAAACAAUGAGAAUAGCUGCUUUGAAGAAAAAGGAAGAAGGUCUGAAGAAAACAGUCCUCUUCCAAGCUGUCCCACAGCCAACCGCUGAGAACACAAUCAAAACGCCUCCAUUCUCAGCUGUAGCCAUCACGGAAGUUCAGGAUUCAACCACAGGCGAGAAGGACUCAAAGGGAACAACACCUGUUACAGCCCCGAUCAUUUCAGAGCUUGACAACACAACCGCUAGUGAGGGGAAGGAUUUAAAAGGAACAGCACCUGUGUCUACAAUGGCUACAACGGAGGUUGAUCUUCCAACCGCGAAUGGUCGUAAAGGAACAGAAUAUGAGGUUUUAGGAAACGGUUCAAAUAAGGAUGAUGAGAAAGGUUCGGAGGAAACAGGGAACGGAAUCGCAAAGCCACAGACUCCUAAACCAAUAUUCAAUUAUGCAAAAGCAAUUGGUAUGCAAAAAAGCCGAAGUGUCAGAAGGUCGGCUAGUAUCAAGAGGAGGGUAAACCCAGGAGGUUUAGAAAAUUCCACUGAUGGAAUCAUGGCGGUCAACGGUAAUGUGCAUCCUGAGGUGCAAAUUGUAGGAGAAACCGGACAGGGAGGCGGGGAGGUUGUUUCAUCUGAAAUAAGUACUAAGAUAAGUGAAGCUAGCCCUGAGGUGCAAACAGCGAAUGAAAGCGCAAUGGAUCCACAGGGGGUUGAUUUAUCUGCAGUCCCUAAAUCAGCUGGCACUAAUCCUGAGGUUGAAGCAGUAACAGAAAGCGCAAAGGACACAAACCCUAAGGAUGUCGGUUCAUCUGAAAACACUAAGUUAGAGGACUCGGUAGCGUCCCCUAGGACUCCACUUUGGGCCGCAUCGUCAGUUACAGAUUCAACCGAAAUUACACCAACGGCAACUCGACCACUCUCUGAUCAAACAUCCAGUGCAGAGCCAAACGCUCUGGAUGCUGUGAAGACCCGAAUCACGAGAGUGUCUUCAAAAGUGGCUCGGGUUACGAGAGUGUCUUCCAAAGUGAUACGCACCACGAGGGUCACUUCUACGGUGGCUCGGGUUACGAGAGUAGCUUGGUUGCGGAAUGUUCUUCAAAAGGCCGUGUCUAACAUUAAGGUGUGCUAUAGUCCACAGGUUUAGGAGAACCACCUCUCUUAGGACAAUGGGUCACUUUGCAGGAGCAGAAAUGGGGUGGGUAUCAAGCAACUCGGUCAAGGUAUAUGCUCAAUCAUCCAGGAUUUGAAGGCCAAUCUGGGCAAGGUCAAAGGUUUGAAGUUCGGUCAGGACCAGGUGCUAGGUGAGCGCAGGAAAUCAGCCCUGGAGUCUAAGCGGUCAUCACCUGGAGAGGUACAAAGGAACCACCCACUGCAUGGACAAGGCUUCAUUGUUCACAAUCGUGUGCACCUGCUGAUGGUUCUGAUCUAUCGUUUUAGGCUGGUUGAAGAGUUAUCAUCUUACACACAGAUGAGUUAGUAAUUGCAGGCCAGGCGAAUUGUGAGAGAGGAACGAGUUGGGCAAGUUACUAGUCAUUCCAAGGAGAAGUCGAAGAUUCUUGAGUUGAUUAUAGAGGCAGCUAGCUCACACGAUGAAGGAUUUGGUGAUCGAAGGAUCAUUUUCUAAAUUUACGAUUUUCUGGUUUAUCCCCCUUCGGCUUUGUGGGUGGAGCUGCAAUGUUGUCGGCUGCGCUGUUGAUAACCUGUCCAGCAAGAGGAUAAUACUUCAUUCUGUUGAAGCGUUACCAGAUGGGUAUGCAACAUGGUGCUCCCUGUUUUAUUAUACAUUUGUGAAAGUCAUUCAGCGAACCACGGUGGACGCGCAACCUUGUAAUGGUAUCUGAAGCGGCACUGUGGACCAACAGAACAUGAAGCUAACACAAGCUCAAUUACGAGGUCAUUGCGAUCACUAGUCGGUGUCCACAAGUUAUCCACUCUUUGCAGACAACGGCGACUUCUGCGAUUAGUUCCUAAGUAGGCAAUUGUACAGAUAGCAACAUACCUUGGGAAGCUGCUUACAUCGAUCUAGAAUGUAAUCACACCUGAGGUUUGAGCUUUUUAGCUACGCUGGUGCCUUCAGCGCCAUACAGUUUGGUCGUAAGUUCCGAACGACAGCUCCGGAUCCGAGAGGAGUAUACAUACCCUUCUAGGCCACUUGGAUAGUUUGGCAGAUGGAAGGGUAUCACUGGCAAGUAUACCGAAGUACUCCGGACAAGGUGCCCGAGGCGAAUCCUGCAGCCGCAGUUUCAUUAGCAGUCUUGUGAGAAUCAACUCCUGCGCAAGAACGAUGGAAUGUGUAUUCUAGAAAAACAUGCGAUGCUCCGAGAUCGUCGUAGCACGCAACGAAAGGCUAGUAUAGUUGGAUUUAGUAGGUAUGGUUAUGAAAGAAGGUGAGGUCAAGGUACUAGGUCUGGAUUCCUGUUCUCGGCGGAUGCAAAUCUGCUGUGCAAGCAGUGUCACGCACGUUGGAUAUGUCGGAGUGCAAUCUCUUGUGGGAAAAAAAACACAGCGGGUGGAUUUGUCCACCACCCAACUUCGAAAUGCAUGCUUUCGAUGUGAUAAGUGAUUGGCAAGAUGUGAAAGUGUCAUUUUUCUGCA